GACAUAUCUAUGAAAACUGCUGCCCUGAAGAUAAUGGAAGUUUGAGGAAAAAAUAUUCAUGGGUCACCUGUUGAAUUUAACAUCGACAUGUACACUAGCUUUUAUGUCAUUUCUGUCUGUCUAAAGGUAGCUUAGAACGUUUAUCAUCAUAACUACCGUACAGGUACUUGCCAACAAUUUCUUGGCUAGAAGGUGCAGCUAGCAACGCUUGGUCUUCGUUUUAUACAAGUAACAUAAUGGACACGACGCCGAAAGCACAGAAAUCAAGGUCUGUGUUGCACACUCCAAGCAAUGAUGUCGAUGUCAGCGUUAGUCCGUUUCUAUCUUGUGGGAGAAAGACUAUGAGCUCUUCCCUGAGGCAGAGACUGAAAAGAAGUCGUCGUUCUUUCACAUCGCCUCUUCCUGUGGCCAAAAGGCUCAACGUGGACCCAGAGGACGACUCUCCCGCGUCUCUGUCAACAGACGACAAAACAAAGCUGACAGAGGUGAAAGGAAAAAAGGAACUGGAUUUGAACCAGAAUGAAAAAUCGUCUUGCGAACAGCCAACCAACCAAAGCCCAAGGCCGCUUACGGAUUCUUCACAAUCCCCUCAGAAAGGCAUUCUUCACCUGCGAGACCGCCUGAGACGGGAGGUGAAGGAGAAAACAGAAAUGUUACGGAGGCUGCGGAUGGUCAAAAUGUACCGGCAAAAGAACGACUUGUCACAGUUGCGUACGCUGAUCAGUAAGUGGCGGCACGGUGCACAGGCAGUGCUGUACGAGCUGCAGACAGAAAUGCCAAUGGACGGAUGCAAAGCCAGCCUGGGUCAGCUCAUGGACCACUUUGGCCUGGAGGACCGCCUGCUGCACUAUGACCGCAAACAGGACGACUUCAGAGAUGUCCGAGGAAUCCAAAACUAGAACCAUCACAACCUGUUAACACGAUCACAGGUGCCUCACCCAAACCAGAACUUUUAUGGGCCAGAACCUUCGUGAUCACCACCAGUGCCUUUUUUUUUUAUAUAAAGGCUUUCUGGAAGUUUUCUUGUUGCUCCCUACCAAGUGAACAGUUUUCCUUUGUAUUGGAGUUGUAAUGUGAAUUGUUAUUUUGUUCGUAUGCAUACCCUUUAAAUGUAUGUGUGUGAGUUUUCCUUCAGUUCAAACGUAUAAAUGAACCCACAAAAGUUCCAAGUGCACAAAUACUGUAAAUAAAAGCCCUCACAUUGUUUGAGGAUUU